AGCCCAUUUCGCGCUAAAUUGAAACAACAGAUCAGUUCAGUAGUCCACGCGAGGAGCAACUCACACGUCACAUCUCCUGAACCCCUCGCUGCCAGUGUUACUCUUCAACAAGUGAAGCCAAGAUGGAGGAGGCCAACAAGCUCGUCGGGACUGGCAAGAAGUACCUGGUGACGGGGAAGGUGGUGGAGGCAGUGAGCGCCCUGCAGGAGGCCUGCGGGAUGCUAGCUAAGAAGUACGGAGACACGGCGGAUGAGUGCGGGGAGGCGUUCUACUGGUGUGGGAAAGCACUGCUGGAUUUGGCACGGAUGGAGAACUCUGUCCUGGGGAACGCUCUGGAAGGAGUCCCAGAGGAGGAGGAGGAAGAGGAGGAAAAGCCCAAAGACUCCAACGUUGAGAGCGUAGAGAACGCUGAUGAAAAGUCCAGAGACGAGCUGAGGGUUCAGGUGUACGACGCCAUGGCGGAGAAGAAAACCAAUGACUCUGAGAAGCAGAGCGAGGCGACGGAGGAGAGCACGACUGAAGGCUCGGAGGCUACACCGAAGGAGGAGGAAGAGGACGGCGAGGAUGAAUCACCAGCUGAGGAGAAGGAGGGAGAAUCUGAAGCAGCUGCUGAACAGGAAGAAUCUACAGAUAAGCCAGAAGAAGCUGGAGGCGACGAGGACGAUGAAGAGAGGGAGGCUGAAGCGGAGGAGCUUGGUGAAGGGGAGCCCACUGCUGACAAGGACAGUGAAGAUGAGGAGGUGGGGAACCUGCAGCUGGCCUGGGAGAUGCUGGAAGUGGCCAAAGUGAUCUACAGAAGGAAGGAGGAGAAGGACGACCAGCUGAUGGCGGCGCAGACCCACCUGAAGCUGGGAGAGGUUUCUGUCGAGUCGGGAAACUACAACCAGGCACUCGAGGACUUCCAGGAGUGUCUGAAGCUCCAGCUGAAGCACCUGGACCCGGACAGCCGCCUGCUGGCAGAGACCCACUACCAGCUGGGGGUCGCCCACAGCCUGAACCUCCAGUACGCCCUGGCCAUCCAGGCCCUGAACAGCUCCAUCUCGGUCAUCAAGAAGAGGCUGGAGAAACUGCAGGAGAUGAUGGACAAAGCUGAGGGUCCAGAGGCUCUGGAAGACGAGAGGAAGGAGAUGGAGGAGCUGAAGGCUCUGCUCCCAGAGAUCCAGGAGAAGGUGGAGGACGCCACUGAAGGGAUGAAGAGCAGCGCUGAGGCGGCUCAGGACGGAGCCUCCAGUUCCUCUGCUUUGCCUGAUUCUACCGUCAGCCCUGCUGACCCUUCGUCCAGUCCGGCACUGCAAAGCACCAACAGCACCAGUGAACAUCCCCCCACAGUCCCAGUGUCUGAUAUCUCCCACCUGGUCAGAAAGAAGAGGAAACCAGAAAGUCCGGUAAAGGAAGCCGAAGUGAAGAGGGUGAAGCAGGACGACGACGACCAGGAGCCCCACACCAACAGGAUCCAUAAAGCUAACGGAGAUUCUGCCAAACACGUCGAAAACAUGGAGGUGGCAAAGUGACGAGUCUUUAGGCCUCCUUCCACUUUCCUUGAUGCUCACUGUCCAAGAAUAUGAAGUACACUCUGCUCAGGGGACGCAUCUCUGAAGUUCAGAACUCCGAUGUUCAGGUUUGGCUGCAUAAAGACCACAGAACCUGGAGCCUCCUCACUCGUUGCAUUUUAAGUCGGUGAAGUCAGACCGGUUCAUUCUCCUGGACAGCUCUCACACCGUGUUGCUGCUGUUGUAAAUAUGUUUUUCUAAACCUUUUUGUAACCUGUAAAGUUAAUAAAGACUGUUGGAUGAA